AUGAGUUCCCCUCUCAGAGAUAACCCGACCUCGGGCAACAGAGGGGCUGCCUCUCGCAACGGUCGCAAGCGCUCGCGCACUGGUGGCGAUGAUGGCUCUUCUCCAGCUGGCCUUGGUUCUAGCCCGAUGCCAUCGUCUCCUCCUGCGCCGUUUAGCAUCGCUCACGGUGUCGACGACGACGACGAGAUUGAGGAGGAGCGCGAGAUCCAAGAUGAUAUUGACGACCUUGACGAGAUGGCCGACGACGAUGUCGAUCUUUUCCGCGACGGAUACGAGGCUGAUUACAGAGACAGGGAAGGUGAUGAGUACGAAGCUGUUGAUCUCGAUGAUGAAGGCGACUACGACACCAUGGACCUCGGGGCGCGACGCCGCCUCGAGCAACAGCUGAGCAGACGUGACCGUGAGGUUGCUCGCAGGCAGCGAAUCCCUGCCGCUUUUCUACCUGGCGACGAUGAAGAUGGCGAUAUCGAUCUCACGGCUCAGCCUCGCCGCAGGCGCCAUCACUACGAUGAUGACCCCGACGAGGCCAUGGACGGCGACAUUAUGGAAGAGGAGCUGUCCCUCGAGGCUCUCGGUGACGUUAAGGCAGCAAAUCUUACAGAGUGGGUAUCACAACCUCACGUUCAACGCACCGUGCGUCGAGAGUUCAAAGCUUUUCUUACCUCUUACACGGAUGCCUCCGGCUCCUCCGUCUACGGCAACCGCAUCCGCACUCUCGGUGAGAUCAACGCCGAGUCGCUGGAGGUCUCCUAUGAGCACCUUUCUGAAAGCAAGGCUAUCCUAGCAUACUUCUUGGCGAACGCUCCUUCCGAGAUGCUGAAGCUCUUUGAUGAGAUUGCUAUGGACGUCGUUCUCCUGCACUACCCCGACUACACACGCAUUCACUCGGAGAUUCACGUGCGCAUCUUUGACCUUCCCGUUCACUACACUCUGCGCCAGCUCCGCCAGUCUCACCUGAACUGUCUCGUCCGCGUCAGCGGUGUCGUUACCCGCCGCUCUGGUGUCUUUCCGCAGCUGAAAUAUGUCAAGUUUGACUGCUCCAAGUGUGGCACGACACUGGGACCAUUCCAGCAGGAAUCCAACGUCGAGGUUAAGAUUUCGUUUUGCCAGAACUGCACGUCGCGAGGACCGUUUACGCUCAACUCUGAGAAGACGGUCUACCGUAAUUACCAGAAGCUGACUCUACAAGAAUCACCGGGUACAGUUCCCGCUGGUCGCUUGCCACGUCAGCGAGAAGUCAUUCUGUUGUGGGAUCUCAUCGACAAGGCGAAGCCUGGCGAGGAGAUUGAGGUCACAGGCAUCUACCGCAACAGUUACGACGCUCAGCUCAACAACAGAAAUGGCUUCCCCGUGUUCGCCACAAUCCUGGAAGCCAACAACGUCGUCAAAUCGCAUGAUCAGCUCGCCGGUUUCCGUCUAACUGAGGAAGACGAGCAAAAAAUUCGCAAGCUCGCCCGCGAGCCCAACAUUGUGGAAAGGAUUAUCGACUCUAUGGCACCCAGCAUCUACGGUCACAACGAUGUCAAAACAGCUGUUGCGCUGUCUCUUUUUGGCGGCGUUGCUAAGACUACCAAGGGCGCGCAUCAUAUCCGAGGUGACAUCAACGUCCUUCUUCUCGGAGAUCCCGGUACGGCAAAGUCUCAGGUCCUCAAGUACGCCGAGAAAACGGCCCAGCGAGCUGUGUUUGCCACGGGUCAAGGCGCCAGUGCUGUCGGUUUGACGGCCAGUGUGCGCCGCGACCCUCUGACAAGCGAAUGGACCCUGGAAGGCGGCGCUCUUGUGCUCGCCGACCGUGGUACAUGUCUCAUUGAUGAGUUUGACAAGAUGAACGACCAGGAUCGCACGUCCAUUCACGAAGCCAUGGAGCAGCAGACCAUCUCUAUCUCCAAGGCCGGCAUUGUCACAACCCUCCAGGCUCGCUGUGGCAUCAUUGCCGCCGCCAACCCUAUCGGCGGCCGCUACAACUCGACAAUUCCGUUUUCCUCCAACGUGCAGCUCACGGAGCCCAUUCUCUCCCGUUUCGACGUCCUCUGCGUCGUGCGCGACACCGUAGAGCCCGCUGAAGACGAGCGUCUCGCCCGCUUCAUUGUGGGCUCGCAUAGCCGUAGCCACCCCCUCGCUGAAGAGCAGACUCAGGCCGCGGCCGAGGAGGAGCAGGAUGAGGCGGCGCGCCUGCGUAAGGAGAACGAGAUUCCGCAGGAGUUGCUGCGCAAGUACAUCCUCUACGCCCGCGAGCGCGUCAGCCCGAAGCUGUACCACAUGGACGAAGACAAGGUGGCUCGCCUCUUUGCCGACAUGCGUCGCGAGUCGCUGGCGACGGGCGCGUACCCCAUCACGGUCCGCCACCUGGAGGCAAUCAUCCGCAUCAGCGAGGCGUUUUGCCGGAUGCGUCUCUCCGAAUACUGCUCCGCGCAGGACAUUGAUCGUGCGAUUGCCGUCACCGUGGAGAGCUUUGUCGGCAGCCAAAAGGUCAGCUGCAAGAAGGCUUUGGCACGCGCGUUUGCCAAGUACACCUUGGCGCGUCCAAACUCGCAGAAGAGGGGUGGCAACUCGCAGCGCCGACCUGCUGCCGUCAUGGCAUAA